UAGACUUCGAUCGGGAAGGAUUGACGAAAUUGAAAAAGGCUGUCAAAGCUAUACACAACUCAGGAAACACUCAUGUGGACAAUGAGAUGUGUCUAGUGCGGGCGCUGGAACGGCUUGGUUCAGUCGCAUUGUCUAAGGAGGAACCGGAUAUCGGUGCAGCAUUCCUGAAGUUUUCCGUCGUUACCAAAGAACUCAGUGCCCUAAUGAAAACACUGAUGCAAAAUAUCAACAAUAUCGUUAUGUUCCCGGUGGACUCGCUGCUCAAGUCGGAGCUGCGCGGCAUGAAGGGUGAGAUGAAGCGACCGUUCGACAAGGCUGCCAAAGAUUAUGACUCCAAGCUGAUGAAGAUCGAGAAGGAAAAGAAAGCCCUUGCCAAAGAGGUGGGCAUGAUGCGGUCCGAAGUGACACCUGCCGAGAUUGCGGACGAAAUCGAAAAGGAGCGUCGCGUGUUUCAGCUGCAAAUGUGCGAGUAUCUCAUCAAAUUCAAUGAAAUCAAAACCAAAAAAGGCAUCGAACUGUUGCAACACUUGGUGGAAUAUUAUCAUGCUCAAAACAACUACUUUAAGGAUGGACUGAAGACAAUCGCACACUUCGGGACGUAUAUCGAGGAGCUGAGUGUGAAGCUGCAAACGAUCCGUCACAAGCAGGACGAGGAACGGCGGAAACUGCUCGAACUGCGCACCCUGCUCCGGUCGACGCCCGAUUUCGAUCGGGUGGAGAAUGUGCCGCCCGGUGACAAGGGCGCCGCUGGUUAUUCGCUGCAUCAGCUACAGGGUGACAAAAAUCACGGCAUCACGCGCAGCGGUCACUUGUUGAAGAAGAGCGAAGGAAAGGUGAGGCGCGUUUGGCAGAAGCGGCGGUGCCGCGUGACAGCGGAUGGCUUUCUGGACAUUUGCCAUGCGGACGAAACGAAGGCACCGACCCGCGUGAAUCUGCUGACGUGCCAAAUCAAACCGUUGGCGGACGACAAGAAGGGGUUCGAUCUAAUAAGCUACAAUCGAUCAUAUCACUUCCAAGCGGAAGAUGAAGGUGACCAAAAGGCUUGGAUGUCGGUGUUAGUGAACUGCAAGGAGAAAGCCCUGGCCAAAGCAUUCCAGCACGCCAACCCGCAGAUGAGCCCCAGUUUGAUCGAGCUACAAAAGACCGUCAUCAAGCACAUACAGAAUCUGCCGGGCAACGAUCAGUGCUGCGACUGUGGCUCGAAGAACGACGUGACGUGGAUCAGCCUGAACUUUGGUAUCCUCGUGUGCAUCCAAUGUUCGGGUGUGCACCGGGAUCUUGGCGUGCACCACUCGCGGAUACAGAGUUUAACGCUCGAUAAUCUGACGACCGCUCAGCUUCUGGUGGCACGCGCGAUGGGCAACAAUGCGCUGAACGAGGUCAUGGAAGCUACGUUGGCCGGCCAAGGCAAACUGUUGCCGGAAAGCUCGAUGGAAGAGCGUUACGAUUUCAUUCGCGCAAAGUAUGUCGCAAAGCGGUACGUUAUGCGAACCUGUGCCGACGAUCGCGAUCUUCGGAGUGAUCUGGAGCAGGCCGUCAUCAAUGCCGAUCUCAGCCAGUUACUGCAAGUUUGGGCGGAAGGUGCCGAUCUCACCUGCGUUCUACCCUCGUCGGAUUCCGGCGAAACGGCACUCCAUCUGGGGGUUCUCCGUGAAAUGGGUUCGACGUUGCACAUUGUUGAUUUCCUCAUACAAAACAUGACGGCGCAAGGUUUGAACAAGCAAACGAAUGCCCCCGGACCGAUGGAUGUGACGGGCAAAAAUACUGCACUGCAUCUGUGCGCCCUGCACGAUCGGCGCGAGUGCAUGAAGUUGCUGCUGCGCUCCGGCUGCGACUGCGACAUUCGCAACUCGCAGAACAAACUAGCGUUGGACAUUGCCAAAGAAAUGGGUCACGAGGCGUGCAAAGAAUUGAUUGAACAUGCCAUGAAGAGGGAAAAGAGCGCCUUCGACCACAUCAACACGGAUUGGAACAUUCAUGACGAUGGAUCGACUGACUUCUCCGACGACGAUACGGUCAUGAUGGACGAGCGAAAGUCUCGCUCGCGGCCACCAAGUUUUGUGGGUGGCGACUCACCGGUUGCGCUGCGAUCACGCUCCUCGACCUGCGACUCGAUCCAAAGUGGUUCCAGUCCGAGCUCAAGUUGUAAUCCGAACGCAGCGCGCGAUCAGCGCCAAAUACCGAUUCCAUCGUCCGGAACUAGUCCAAAGCAGUACAGUGCUGCCUCAGUAUUCUCCUCUUCACACUACGGAGGUGGUGUCGGUACCGGUACCAGCUCGAGCUCCGGUGUCGGCAUUGGCUCUAGUCCCAAUUCCAGCAGUUCUGGUGGUGGCGUUAUCCGAUCGGCCGGAUCGGGAACUGUUGCUGCUGUUGCUGCGGGCGGUGGCCCAAAUUGUGUGGCAGCGUUCGCGGCGGCCCAAGCAAAGAAACCUUCUUCCGUGAAUUCGUUGAAGAAACGAACCGCUCCGGCUCCACCACCAACCACCUACGGGACUUUGCCCCAUGCUCCUCGGCAUUCGCAAAACAUGGAAGGUGAUAUGUUUGGCGUACCGUCGCAGCAUAUGCUGCACGGUAACCAUCACCAUCACCCGGACAUGUACAGCACGCUGCCGCACCUGAGAGGAUCGGAUCCAGCGGGUGCACUGAGCGGCGGGAGCAGUGGGCUAUUGGCUGGUGAACUGCGCGGUGGGUCAUCCAAAUCGAUCCAAGCUCAGCUGCAUUUUGACAACAAAAUAUUCGACCGUUACGAACCGUACACGUCGUUGUCGUCGGCCACAAGCGGCGGCGGUGGUGGCGGCGUCGUCGUGGGACGCGACCCGAACUUCUUGAGCACAUUCACCGGCGGUCACAAGCGGUCCCCUAGUGGCGAAUCGUUAGGACGCAAUUUAGCUGGUGCCAAACUCGUGCUUCCUCCUGCCGGCGAAAUUCCGCAACUGAAACCGGUCACCAAUCGGCCGAAGCAACCGAUACCAACUACUGCCAGUGCAGAUAAAUCUUUAUCAAACGGACAAUCGAACGAAAGCUUAUCUUCCAUGGAUGACGCCAUUGUAAUGCGACGAAAGGCAAAAGGACCAGUUCCGGCGGCGGCGGUGGCGGCCUACGGUGCAGAUGGUACCGGAGGUGGAUAUAUCGAUUUCGAUACGUCCGGGACGGCGGGAAAGAGUUUGGACCACUCGGUCGCUUCUUCGUCCGGGGCCAAUCUCGACUCGACCAGCAGCAGCAGUUUUAGCCGAAACGACACCAGUGGUGGUGCUUCGUCCACCGGAAUGGAUUCCUUUAACCUGUCCAGCAGAAGCUUCACUGGAGGAUUACGACGAUGCCGAGCGCUGUACGACUGCAAUGCCGAUAACGACGAUGAGCUCGAGUUCAAGGAGGGUGAAAUUUUGAUUGUACUCAACGAGCGGACGGACGACGAGAACUGGAUGGAGGGACAGAUCGAAGGCGACAGUACGCGGCGGGGCAUGUUCCCGGUGAGCUUCGUGCAGAUGAUAACCGAUUAGGAAGCCACAACGGAGAAAAACGACCGUGAGAGAGCAUUUAUCGGCGACAGGUUCAGCAAAGGAGCAUCAAGGGAUGGACGAACGAAGAAACGGCUACAUUUGGCUACGAACUGACAGAGAGGAAACCACUGUUCCUAGUCUCUCGACGACCAAAGUUGGUUGUGGUGGUGUGCGCAUUAUUUUAGGAUAUCCGGACGGAAAAGAUAACAUCAAACAAAAACUAUGUGCAUUAUAUGCAUCGCAUCGUAUACUCACGAUUAAUUUAUUCCAUUACAUUGCGUAAAACACACACAAACAUUGACGUCCAGUGUGGUUCCUACACACGGUCCUUACGGGCACGGCACGGGGACAAGUGUUUCUUCCAUUGCUUCUACUAUUUAUUGCGUUGUGAGCAUGUCCGGUCCAGCCGCGCUCGAACGUUAGCAGGCGACUUUAGAUAGUUUCGAACUCGUAUUCGUUCCUUUUAAAUAUUUGUUUCAUUCGCGCGCAAAGCCGUGUCUCAGUGUCACCGUGAGACGCUGACUAAUCUUUCCUCUUUUCACCCGGGCAGAAAGUGGGCGAGAUCGGGUUCAAAGUUGCCGUACUCGAUGGCGGUGGCCGCUGAUGUAGCGGAUGGACAAAGAAACGCCUGCGUUACCAGUGUAAUGUUAGAAAUUCCAUUAUUGAGACAAGGUGAACACGGAACGGAACGUUUGUAAAUGUUUGUGGAACCUGAUUCCUCCCCAUUUGUAAGCGGUUUGGAGAGUGCUAAAGAAAGCAAGUUGUGUGUUGCCAAUAGGGGAUGUCCAGCAAGCAAGAUGUAUCAUUAGUAUCAUGCCUGUUAUAUUUGAAUUAUGGAAGCGAACGCGUGUUGGGAGAGAGUAUAUUUAACAAUCGAAAGGACAACACAAUACACGUGCCAGUAUGUAUAAAAACCUAAGUAAAAGUAAAUACAAAUCCUACUCAAAGGAAUGAGAGAACGAUAAGAAUGAUAGCAUCUGUAGCGUAGUGUGGCCAAGGAAAAGAGGCGACUCCCAAAAAGGCUUAUUUAUUACAUCAGCGCGAAUUGUGGGCGCUUCGUGUUCUUCAUCCCCAGAUCGGACGGCAGCUCGGUGCUGAGCCCCGUGCUCGGCAUUCGAGCGGUGCGGGCACCUUUCUUUUGCAUCCACGAAUCACGUCAAAGGUAUUUAUGUGUCGAAAACGGAUAGAACAAUCGAUAGAUACAAUUUGUUGUUGAUGAAAUAGAUUGAUAGAAUGGCGCACGUCAAGGGACACGCGAUCAUUGUCUAUAACGUACAAGUAAAACGCUCGCAUGCGGAGCAACAUCAUUCUGAAACGGAAGCCCAAAACAUUAAUGUUACAUUGGAUGUGCCGAAUCAAAAAGGGCGAUUUCGGGUUGCCCGGAACCAGUAUUGAAACACACAUAAAAUAACCAUCGCCGCGAUCGGUUUACAACUAAUUGUAGAGGG